GGUGAAUAAAGGGACAUUAUCAGGUCAAAAAUGAUCUCUUUCUAAAAUAAUAUCCAUAUCCAGGUUACUAAAUAACAGCAUUACACCAGUGUCUCCAAACUUCAGGGGUAGGUGCCAGGCAGAUAUGAGUGAGAGAACAAGAGCCCUGUGAGCAGAGAGAGAAAGCUACCUGACCUGGAUCUACAUUGCUCUCUGCAAACAUGCAGGUAAAACUCCCUCGCUCUCACCUUUCCUUCUUUCUUCUAUGGUGGCCCAUACGGCAACCAGUUCUGGCAGCAGCAGAUGUGUACAGGGUUACAGGUUCAGACAGUAGUCCACUGAUCCAUGUUUCUCCUGCCUGCUGCUGUGAAACUCAACUCACAUAACAACAUGUGCAGUUCAGUCUCACAAGACCGCUAACGGAUAUCCUUUUCAAGCCCCAAGAUGUGGUCCAUGGUUAGUGUGGGAGUGGAGAGGAAGAGCCUGCAGGGAUGUGCAGCAAAAAAGAGAAAGCAAAAGGGGGAAAAACCAAGACUGGGAGCAGGGGGAAGGAACUGGCUGAAAGGAUAGCAGAGAAGGAGACAAUGGCCAUAAGUAAGGACAUACAAUGGCAACAGUUUUGGGGCAUGGUGGGAGGACUCAUGGAAGGGGACCUGCUGAAGCAUCACAACAGGGGUUUGAACAAAAUAAAGCUGGGAGCUACGGGGUUGGAUUACUAACACAGAGAAAAAUGUACACACCUAAUUUACUUGUCAUCAUUUAUACUCCUUGUUCUCUGUAUUUCACGCUGCUUGAACAAGAGAAAUAGAGGAGUUGUUUUCGCUUUUUCUCCAGUCAGUUUCCCUUUCUGGUUCUCCUGCACAAGCAGGUGCUGGGCGGCUUGUUUGCAAACUCUGCAGUGGAAUAUUAAUCCUUUCAAAAUAAUGUUUGAGAUUGUCAAAGCAGUGUAUUUGGGAUGCACAUCUUGUGUUCAUUUCAACUGAAGAUGUGUGGUGAAAUCCACUUCUCUGAAAUCUCAACAACCUGUCUCCUUUGAAAUAAACACACAGACACAGGGAUAUUUCUAAAAGCUUGCUUUUGCAAAACUAAAAUUUGCUUCUAAAUUGACUUUACUAAGUCUCUGUAAAACCAAGAGGAAGAACCUUCAGUCGUUAUACAAUGGAGCGGCCCCUUCUGGUUUUUAGUGUCAUGCUGCCAUCAUGUGGUCUCUUCAUUUUGCUCAAUGGGGGAGCAUCCCUUUCUGUAGCUGUAGAGAGGUUCUGACAGUUGAAAUAGUGUGGUUUCUCUAGUGAGUGAAGGUUUUAGGAGGCAGGGACUAUUCCUUCUGUAUGGCACAAAACCCCUUCAGGGUUUUUGGAGUUAGGAAUGGAACAGGCAGUGGGAUGGGUUAGGGUUGAACUGGAGAGUUUCCAGAGCGUAGUUUCCACAGUGGCUCAACUCUAUGACCUUCCAAGGAAGAUUCCUCCCCAGCUUUCCCUCUGCCAUGGAUCUCCCCAGCAACCAGCUUGAGUAUCUUAGGCUGGAAAAUGGGUUUGCCUCAUAGAGCUUGAUCCUGGUCCUACAGAAAUCAGUACAGUUUUGACUGAGUUAACCUAAAUUAGGACUUCAGGAUUUGGCUUUUAAUGUGAGGAUUAAUGGGUGCAGAGGGCAUACAUGAGGCCUUCUGCACUGGGGUGAGUGACACAGUUAGUGAAUUGAAAGGCCCAUGGGAUUAUUAAACAGAUUUUUUUUUCUGGCCACUAAUUUUGCAUGAAUGGGGAGAGUUUGGAAAAGAGGAAACUGGCAUUUCUUAAGACUAUUUGAGCUGCAAAAUCCAGAAUACUUUUUACGCAUAAAGAGAGUGAGCAGCAGGCCUCGGAGAGAACUAAAUCCUGAUGAUGUUGACUUCAGAUACCAGUGUAGGGAUUUGAGGUAUGAGUAGGCCCAUCGUUAUGUCCCCUGAAGGAAGCUCACAGGCCUUAGAAGAGCAUUCAGAGCAGGUGAAUUCGGGGGAGAGAUUAGGUGGAAGUAUACUUACCAUUUCACGGCCUGUAGGAACCAGAUAUUUUCUAACUUUGGAAAUAGUUUGGUCCAGAAUAAGCUGAGGGAUGGGCAAAGGUUGGGAGGUGGGAGUUUUUUGUAACUUUUUCCAAACUGGUUUACCCUUCCUUCCUGAUGAAUUUACAGAAACACCAAUGAUGGCCAUGACCACAAAUGUUCUCCCUUAGGAGUGGCCCUUUUUAAUAUCAGGUUUCAGAGGAACAGCCGUGUUAGUCUGUAUUCGCAAAAAGAAAAGGAGUACUUGUGGCACCUUAGAGACUAACCAAUUUAUUUGAGCAUGAGCUUUCGUGAGCUACAGCUCACUUCUUAAGGUGCCACAAGUACUCCUUUCCUUUUUAAUAUGUUUGAGUUUGUGUUUCAUGCUGCUAUGAUGGCUUAUGGCAGUACAGGGAGGCUUUCGUAGCCCUAAGAGGGCUUCUGGCCGUACGGGGAGGUUCUCAUAGUGCUACAAUGGCUUCUGGUGGUAUGGGGAGGCUUUCAUAGCACUACGAUGGCUUGUGGUGGUCUAGGGAGGCUUUCAUAGUGCUACGAUGGCUUGUGGCAGAAGGGGAAGGCUAACAUAGCACUAUGAUGGCUUCUGGAAAUAUGGGAGGCUUUCACAGUGCUGUGAUGGCUUCUGGUGGUACAGGGCGGUUUUCCUAUCACUGUGAUGGCUUGUGGGGGUCUGGGGAAGCUUCCAUAGCACUAUGAUGGCUUCUGGCAGUACGGGGAGGUUUUCAUAGCACUACAGGACUUCCGACAGCAUGGGGACGCUUUGUUACCCAAAACUUUAGACGCUAAUUAAGUUACCUAAAGGUUGUCUAAUUUUAAGAAAAGGGAUAAACAAGAUUGUGGCUUGCCCUAAAGGAAUUUCCAUAGUGUUACCAUAGUGUGUGUCUCUGACCCACAGAGGGCUCCGCAGAGUAAGCUAGUCUUGCUGACUUCUGAAAGGACAGGGAUACAGCCUUCCGCUCAAGGAUGGACACACAAGCAGUAACUCUUCGAAAACAAAAUAAUUAUUUAUUUAAAGGAAAUAAGUGGUUACAAUGUAGUAAAUGAAGCAAGAAAGGAUACAUAGAGCAUAGCAAAAUGCAAUAGAAUUACAUUAAAGACUUAAAGCAGUGCAAUAAAAUAAAAGACACAGAUUACAUAGGAUAUCUUAACACAUACAAGAAAUACAGUGGUUUCAAUGUAACAAGCAUAUAGAGGUCCUGUAUCCAUAAAGGCUUUUAAUCUUAAUGAUAUAAUUUAACCUCAGACUUAACACAAUGCAGUAUACGCAGCCCCUAUAUACACAUAUGAGAACCCAUUACUGCAUUCACAGAUAUAAAACAUUUACUUAACAUCAACAUGAAUACUUAACACUUGACACUGAAAUUUUAACAUUUUACACCUGACAUUUAACAUCCCAUGAGGGGUGAUCAGCCAGUUGCGGGAUGGGUAGUGGAGAUCUCCUUGAAGAAGCAGGCAUCUAGAUUUAUUCACAGACAAACCCAUACACUCUUAAAUAAUAGAUAAAAAAAGAAGAUCAGACUUACACUCCUUAUUUAAAUUUUCCUCCGAUUCGUCUAUUGGUCCUUCCGUCCGGUCUGAUCCCCGGAGUGUGGCUGCCAUAGCUGCACUGUUGCUCUUCUGCCGCGGAUGCAGUGGCGGUUACUGCUCUUCUGUUGCUGCUGACAAGGUAGCUGCUCGUUGCCAAGCCAACCUCGGAAUUCUGCUGCUGCUGCUUUUUCAGGUAGCUGCUUUCCAGGAUGUUCCAGUCUUCUUUUCAAGCAGCUUCCAUUCUUCAGCUUCAGCCUGCUGCUUCUUGGCUGCUUCUUGAGGCCUCAAUCUCCAAAAAAACCCCAUGUCUAAGACAACCCCCAACAGAACUCCAGGGGACCUUGUCAAGACUUCCCAGCCAUCCCUACUGCCCAGACAAGCUGUCAUACUCACUGACAGUGGAUUAGGGAACUACCCGUGAUGUCAUCCUACCCUCAGCACAACUUGGUCAGACUGUGGUUUUUCUAGCUCCUCUGAAGAGCUAGCAUUUCUGAAGACAAGACAAACGGAUGUUUGAUUAGAAAAGUUCAUUCCAUUUAUUGGAGGGGAAUAAAGUCAUGUUACUUCUCACAAACUGGUGGUAUCACUUUGCCCCUUAAAUGUGAAAGGACCAAUGCAGCAGUUUGUGCAAAAUAAGCUGGAGUGGCAUAGACCACCUGUUCACAGGCCCUGCUCACCUUCUCUUCUGAUUUUCACACCCAGUACCCUUGUGGAAGUAGUGGAGGCUUAUGAAGGAGUCUUUCUUCCCUCACGUGGUCUCUGUUCCCCAAAUGGUGUUUUCUGUCUGGAUGUCUUCCUUUGGGGCACGGAAGAGAACCAGCUAGUGACUCAGUGACUGCUGCAUCUUUGACCCAGAUACCUUAUGGGGCUGCUUUUCAGACAAUGGCUCAGGCCCAAAAGAAUCCCUGAUAAGUGGGAGGCUAAAAUAGCUUCCAUUUCACUAGACAUUUGCCCAUUGAGUGAGGACUACACUAUCCUGUUACACUGCAGGAGUUACACAACUGAUAUGGGCACCUAGGACUGUCUUUUCUAGGGAAGACUUUCUCCUACUGCCUAAGAGCCUCUAGUCUUUGGACUUUAUUUCCCAAGGUAUAAAUUACCUCUGUCAUCACUGAAUGACAGUAGGCUUGUUUGUGAUGGCAGUGUCUCAGACUCUAAAAUAAACAGCAUAUCUUGCAGUUGGGCAGUUAUCUGUUUCCUGUUUCUUUUGCUUGUGCCCACUGAACUUCCAUUUUCCUCUCUCUUCACAAGAAUUUUUUUAGAAUUAGUGACAAAACCAAGAAGAGGAAACUUUUGCACCCUUCCUCCCAGAAGAAUGUAUUUUUUGGUAAUCCUGGUUUUUCUAGGACAAAUUACUGGUGAGACUUUCUUUCAUCAUUAUGAAAACGGAAAUUUCACACUUAUAUGCAAUGAAACAGUGGCUAAUGGGAAGAAGGAAACAGUUUGGUACAAAACUGGAGAAACUCUGGAACAAUUCAAAGAAAUCAACUGCAGUAAUCAAUGGGCAGAAGAAAUGAACAGCCCAAAAAAAGGCUGUGGUAACACAAAGUGUACAAACCAAUUACCAAAUUCUGCUUCCAAAGGUGGUGGGGUAUUUGCAUGUGAACAAUUUACAAAUACUGGCACAUCACAGACUUGCCCACUUUUUACCAAUGUGACUCACUGCAGACAUUAUAACUUUUUUAUUGUGGUGAUAAUAAACAUGACUGCAGAUAACGAGAGUUUUGAGAGCAUUCAUGCAAAAUCACACAAUAAUCGUUCAGCAGAAGAAGAAAGUAACAUCACUCUGUCUUGUGAAUUUAAAAUGAAGCACUCAGGACAACCAUUUGUUAUAUAUUGGAUCAAAUAUACAGAAACAAGCAAAUGCCUGUCUUCUGUUCAGACAGAGCAAGUUACUUCUAAUUUCUCGUAUAAUACACUUUGCUGUAUUGAUGAGAUGAUCAAAGGGCGACUAUUGCACAAUACAAGCUUAGAUACAACCAAGUUACAUGUAGUCCAUAAUAUUACCAUCUUGAAUGUUAUUUACUCUGACAGUGGAACUUAUUUAUGUGUUGUAAAUGCCUGGUCAAAUGGUAAACAUGUGUGGAAGAUUGCAAAUAACCUUUCUAUAGAAGUGAGGACUCAAGCCAUUCCUUCCUCUGCUUCCGUGCUGUUGUAUGCCACCACUGGAUUGAUCGUAGGGAUUAUCAUCAUCAGUGGGAUAGCAUGGUUGAUCUAUAAAAAGAAAAUCAAAUCAAAAGGAAAGCCAUCUGCACAACUUCCCAGAGCUCAGGCUGCUCUUGAAAUUCCAGGAGAUGAAUGUUCCCCGUACGCAAUAAGCAGCAGCAAAGACUUACAAAGUAAUGAAGUGUUGUAUUCACUUGCAACAAGCCCAUAUGAGGACCCAAAUGCAGCCAAUUGUACGGUGGAUAACACUGCAGCAUCUGGCAAGGGGUCAGGAGAUGAAAUACAUACAGUCUAUGCAGUGGUGCAACAAUAGCUGUUCCUGUAAGUGACUUGUAAGAGGAAGUGUUAUUUUUGAUAAAUGACAUUGCAAAUACUACCACCCAGAUUAGUCACACUAGUAUAACUAAUAGGAGGCUAUAUGAGUACAGUAACUCCUCACUUAACAUUGUAGUUAUGUUCCUGAAAAAUGUUACUUUAAGUGAAAAGAUGUUAAGCGAAUCCAAUUUCUGCAGAAGAAUUAAUGUAAAUGGGGGAGGGGAUUAGGUUCCAGGGAAUUUUUUUUUCACCAGACAAGAGACACUCACUCACUCACUCACUCUCUCCCCCCCCCC